CAAACAACAGUGCGACGCACGCCAUCGACGCGCACCGCCCCGCGUCCUAAAACGGGCAAGCUGCAUCGAGCAGCGGCCCUCGCGCUCUGGACCGGCCUCGGCCUCGGCAGCAGCAGAAUGGACGACGCGGCGUACCGCGAGGUCGCCGAGCGAGCUUUGGGCUACGCGCGCGUCGAGUUCCGGGACGAGAUCGCCUCUCUGAAGCGGGAGAACGCCGCCCUGAAGCGGAAAGUUGGGAGGAAGCCCCGUGGCGGGGGUUCGGCGGCCGGCCACGGCCCGGUGGUCGAGGACGACCCGGACUCGUCCUCACUACUGUUGGCCGUGAAGCGCGCGCGCACGCUGGCCCUCUUCCUGCUGCUGCUGAGCUGCACGACGGCGAUUUUGGAAGGCUACGAGGAGACGCUCGCGGCGCACGUGUCGCUGUCGUUCUUCGUGCCUUUUUUGAUCGGCCACGGCGGCAACUGCGGCGGCAUGAGCGUGGGCGCCGUCAUCUCGGCGAUCGCGCGCGGCGACGCGCGCACGCCGACUUCUAAGUAUCGGCUGGCGCUGCGCGAGAUCCUCGCGGGCUGCGCCGUCGCCGUCCAGCUCGCGGCCCUCGCGGCGCUCGCCAUGUACUUGACGGGCUUCGACCGCGACCUGAGCACGGUGGUGGUGGCGGCGCUCGCGGCGAUCACGGCGUUGGGGGCGGUCUGCGGUUCCGUCAUCCCGCUCGCGCUGGACUGGCUUGGCCUCGAUGCGGCGACGGUCGCGCCGCCCGCCGUUACUACAUUGAUAGACGCGCUCGGCAUCGUGAUUUAUCUCACGGUCGCGCGCGCCGUGCUCGACGUGGCGCCGGCGGCGCACGCGCACGCCGACCACGCCGCCGAGGCCGCCGUGGCGGCGGCCGCGGCGGCGGCGUCUAACGUCGUCGAGGACGUUGUCAAGGCGGCUGCUUCAGCGGCGGAGGGCGUGGUGGAAGGAGUCGCUUCUGAGCUUUGA